AUGCAGUCGACCGCGUCCCUCACCUCGAUUUUCCGCAUAAUAACAAAAUGCUUCAAUCACCGCACCACUUCCGUGCACCCACCUAUUCUUCGGGCUAACCUGCUUCGAAUCCUGGUCGUCAUCAUGGAUGGCCUUCAUGCCAUACACCCUGACUUCCAACCCUCAGUCCUACAACCGCCGGUUCUUCAGCAGACAGUCCUUCCGCCAGCACAUGAAAUCCCCAUUACACCACUCAUCCAACCGCGUUUCCAAGGUGAGAUCGCGACACCCAACCUUCAACCCACAGAGGACCAGCACUACCAGACCUUCUCCAAUCCCCAGAAUCGUCGCUUUACCAGCUUCGAAGCCCUGUUACUCUACAUUAAUGACUGGUCACAAGCUCGUGGAUAUUCGAUGAGAAUAGCCACCAGAGGGAAAAGAGGCAAGGAUGGAGACUACAAUUCUUACUAUCUCUGCUGUUCCCGCGCGAACAACCGGAGCAGCUAUGUUGCUACAGGUCAGCGAAAACGUGUCAGUAACGCUACGGAUUGCCCAUACAAAAUGACCAUCGCGCGUGAGACGGAUCACAACCCUCCAUACUAUUAUAUUCGCAAGUAUGGCGAGCCCGCCCAGCAUAAUCAUGAUCCGCUGCCAGUGACAACAGAACACGCAAACAUGCAAAGGUUGUACGUGCAAGGAAGGGAGGCGAGGCAGAAACUCAAUCAGGCAGUGCAUGCGGCCAAAGCAGCGCUGGACAAGCUCGUUGAAGAUGAGGGCGAGGAGGAUGACUGGGCAUUAAGCUCUGUAGCCACUGGCGCAGAAUCGCGGGCCGUGAAGAACGAUGCUUGUGAGAGCGCGCUUGCCAACCUUGACGUUGCGCGGAGAGCCCUGAUUCAGCACUAUGACGAGGUUCAGAACAGUGAAAAGCCAAAGAAGAAAAAGCAGCGGGUAACUGACGUGAAUUCAAACCUUCAGAUUUCCUGA